AUGAAAGUUGUUGUUGGUUUGAGUGCCUUUAUUGUUGCUAUGUUGACGUUGGGCUGGGUUAAUGGAACAGAUUUAGAUAUGGACCUGGCCGUGUUAUCUAUAAAUCAAAAAGAGACCGAUAACGUAUAUGGUGAACAUAUGGAUAGUGAAAGAACUGACUUAAUUAAACCUGAGGAGGUGGAUACGACAACAAGCUUAAGCAAUAAUUGUGACACUACCACAGGCCAUGCUCCUGAUGCCGUUCUGGAAACUCUUAACAAGGUACUUGUCUCUUACUCGGAAUCUUCAUAUGGGUCGAAGCCGGCACCGCGCCAAACAAUAGAUUGGAAAGUUAGUACAAACAAGUAUAACAAUCAACAAUACGAUCUCGAGCCUGUAUCUUUAGAGGAGCCAGUUCUGUUUGUGUGGCCUCAUAAAAAGAACUCAAACCCAAGAGAAUGGCGCAGUACCCUAGCAAAGUCUAUAGCUUCAAUUCGUCUUGGCAAACUAGUCAUUCGCAACUUAAUAGAGCAAAGACCAAUGGAACCAUAUGCUUUGUUUUUUGCCCUGAUUCGGUUACUAGAUACUAACGAGAUUUUAUUGUACGAACUGCCCAAGGCACCGUGGUCUCCGUAUCACAAGACGAAUAUUGAUGUACAGUUUAGUGCCUAUUCCAAGGCAAGCCAGGAAGCAGGCCGGCCUUCAAAGAGUUUUGCCCAUACAACAGUGGCUGUUUACGCCAAAACCUUCGUAUCAAUUGAGCUCGCCCGCUUGCUAUACGACUUCAUAAGGCCAAACCGCUUCAUAGUCAUCCAUUCAUAUGCCUAUGCCGAUCCAGAAGAAAUUAGAUUGGCAGGAAUAGGAUUUCGGACUACUUUGUUUGGCACUAAUUUAUUUGGCACUCAAUUGGAGGCUGUUAGUUUAUUGAUCUCUGAGAUUAUCACGGGAUGUCCCCUGGUGGCCUUUUGUUUUUUGACCUAUCUAUCUGUACACAAAGAGAUUGAGCUUGUUUUGGACAUUGGCUGGUUGAAUAUGAUAACUAUUCCCCCUAAGCACACCCACCCUUAUUUAUCACAACGCCAACAUCUAUCCCCGCACAGCUUUUCAGCAGGUUUCCCCGCAGACUUUAUUUCCCAUACACACACUCCUUCUAUCGACCCCCGUGCUUGGUCAAUCUUAAGCUCUUUGGUUCUACAGAUGCCAUACCAACAUGCCCGGAUUACUUACCGUCCCCACUUCAACUUUCAAGGCCGUUCAUUCCCAAUUGAACUAAUCAUUUGGCUCCUCAAUGCUAUCUAUGGCAUUAAACCGGAUGUUGAACUCUCCUUGGUAGGAUUCCACCAAGCACAAGAUCUCUCCCAUUUCCGAACCACGUCAUUUGUUGCCAUAUGCACACUUGGCCAACUAUCAGUCUAUUGCUGCGGUUCAGCGUUUAUCAGCACAUUCCUCGAUGCUAUUGCUACAGCCAACUCGCUCUGUAUUUAUCUUUAUGACAUCCGGCAAAAUUCCGAUGUCAAGAAGAUGCUACAGCACAUCACCCACCCCAAACAAUUGGACAUCAUCUUUAACUCCUCAUCUAUCCGCUUUAUAUUAAUGUAUCCCUAUCCAAAGUUUCCUGACAUCCACGAUUACAUACAACGACUCUCAGCUCGGCUUAUUCCAAUUCCCCACCAUCAACCUUACAAUAUUAGCUACACACUUCAGGAGUUCAUUAACCUUUCACUCUGGGCCUACCACCCAUUCCCAUGCCCGGAAUUGAUUGCCAAAUCCAUGCCUGAUGAUGAAUCUACUCGCCAUCUUGACCCCCACAUUAAUCGCAUGUUCUGCUUUCGGACUGUUUUAGUUUCCUCUUCCCAAGACUGCCAAACCGCUAUCAGCUAUCUGGACUAUAUGCUCAAUUACAUUAGGAACACCAUCCCUACAGACAGUACUCCUACUCCGUACCAUCAUCUAACCGACAUCACUUUCCGAUUAAUCAACAUGACCUACCAUGACCUAAACCUUCUAAUUCUAGCCAUUAUCCAAUUCAUUUUCAAGCUAUACCCAACUAUCACCAAUAUCACUAUUACUGGUGUCAUAGUCUCCUUAGAAUGCCAAGACCAGCUAAUUAGAGACCUACUAACCCAAAGAAAUAACCAUUUCUUCUCAGCCCCAAACGUCCAACUACCCGAUCUCUACCUUACUACAAUAAACACCAACAGCCAAACAAAGAACCACUACAUAUUUACCCAAGAUCUUACUAAGAAAGCACCCCGAGGCACCAUCAUUUAUCGCGGCAACCCCGCCCUACCCCACAUCACUCAAUAA